GGAUACAUUUUGAUUCAGCGACGUAUACGGAGGCACGAACUUACUGCGAUAAGCACUCGUUCCUUGGAAAUGGCGUUUCUCAGUUUCACAUCCGGUUUUGGCUUCUCGUAAGUCGCGAGACUUCGCCAGCCUGUCUGACAUUUGCGCCAUCUUAGUCUGCAAACACCAUCAACUUCUGCAUAUUGUCUUCGAGCGAUAGCAUGGUCCGCGCUUCCUCGGGAUCCCCCUAGCUUUCGUAGCACGCCUAUCGCAGCUGCCAUGGCUUUCUUUCUGAGCGCCUUCAAGAGCUCCGGAGACAAUUCCGAAGCACAUGCGAGCGCCAUACCAGCUGAAGUGGAAAGCGGCAGCGAGAAAGGAGAUUAUAUCGACUCGAAGGAUGGAGAAGGCAGCUCCGUCCAAGUCGUCAACCCUGGGGAGCUCACUUUUGAAGAAGACACUGCUGGGGGCAUGGGUCGUCAUCUGGGUGUCUUCAGCUGCACCCUCUUAAUUGUCGGUCGCAUCAUAGGCACUGGCAUCUUCUCCACACCUUCAUCUAUUCUCAACUCCGUAGGCUCUGUUGGGGCCUCUCUCAUGCUCUGGAUCCUCGGUUUCGUCCUCUCUUUCUGUGGGCUGUUCAUAUGGCUUGAGUUUGGCUCGAUGUUUCCGAGGUCGGGAGGAGAGAAGGUGUAUCUCGAGGCCGUGUAUCGGAAGCCGAGAUAUCUGGCCACCGUUAUCUUUUCCAUGCAGGCUAUACUGUUGGGGUUCACAGCGUCUGGGUGUAUCGUGAGUUCUUUAGCUUCUGUGUCGGCAAGGCGGAUUACAACAGAUCGUUGGACAGAACGUGGUAUCGCCCUUGGAGUGAUUUUCUUUGCCACGUUUCUUCAUGGUUUUGCUCCCAGAGUGGGAGUUUACUUUAUGAACGCACUGUCAUUGCUUAAAAUCUUUAUCCUCCUCUUCGUGGUUAUCACGGGCUGGGUGGUUCUAUCUGGUAAAACUCGCAUCGAAGACCCGCAUGUAAACUUCCGCAAUGCAUUCGCAGGAAGCUCACAUAGCAGCAACGACUACGCAACCGCGACGUUUAAAGUCCUCAAUGCCUAUGCAGGUUGGUCGGGCGUAAACUACGUGAUGAACGAUGUCAAAAAUCCAGUUCGGACGCUUAAGAUAGCAGGACCACUCGGCUUGAGCCUUGUCACUAUUCUGUAUAUGCUUGCGAACGUGGCUUAUUUUUCAGCUGCCUCGAAGCCACAGAUUCUUAAGUCAGGCGUCACUGUCGCAUCUCUAUUCUUUAAGAAUGUUUUUGGUACGAAGGCUCAGAAAGCACUUUCCGUCUUUGUUGCAUUGAGGCAAACUUUUUCAGCUGCGCGGGUCAACCAAGAGCUGGCAAAAGAAGGUGUCCCGCUUCCCUUUGGGAACCGUUUCUGGGCAUCCAACUGGCCAACUGGCAAGUCGCCUUUGCCCGGCCUCAUCAUCCAUCUGAUUCCGUCGGUUAUCGUGAUCAUUGCGCCUCCACCAUCCGUCGCAUAUCCCUUCAUACUCGAUGUUGAAGGCUAUCCACAACAGAUCAUCAACCUGUUCAUCGUCCUAGUGCCGAAACUAACUACUUCUUAUCACUUCUCAGUAUGGCUGCCGCUCGCAUUCUUUUUCCUGGCGGCGGCUGUUUUCUGUACGAUGUUCAUCAUCGCUUUGCUCAUCACGCCCUUCCUCCACCCUGCGAACAAAGUUGGAGACACUCCCCCUCUUCCUUACUAUCUGUAUUGUCUAGUCGGUAUUGGUGUUCUCACUUUCGGUGUCCUCUACUGGGCUUCGUGGCGCAUCAUUUUACCGAAAGUAUUCGGGUACGAACUCGUGCCUAGGAAAGAGGUGUUGGAGGAUGGAACUGUUGUCGCGCUGGAUUUGGAUAGCUGCAACAACAGAUACCAUUAA